AUGAAUAACAGCCAUGAUAAUUAUGCCCAUUUAAAUGGGAAAUAAACAAAUCAAUAGUAAGUAAAUAAAUCUGAAACAUAGUUGAAUACAAAAAAAGCUGGUGGAGAAGAAAAUUUCGGCGAAGAAAAUACAUACAUCAAUGAACAAGAAGGAGAGAGCGUUGUUGGAUCACCAAAUAAUUUAAAGAAAAUAAAGAAAAAUUUGAGUGGAUCAACUGUAAAUUGUAUAGCUAAAAACUCAACUGCGACAGCAAGUUUUGAUGACCGUCAUCUUGAUGCUCAUGAUAAUCAUCAAAGCUUGCAUGAUAUUAAUAAUAAUAAUAAAGAACAUUCUGAAUAGUAUCAUAAUGCUUAACUUUCACAUGAAUUCGACUAUUAAAAUUUAGACAUUUUUGAUAUGUAAAGAGAUCUCCGCGUUGCUAGCUUGAAUAAAAUAUUCUCAAUUUUUAUUUUAAAUAUCAGCUCAAGAGUGAGUUAAUAAGCCUUUAUAGAACUACUUGUUUUUAUUACUCUUUUAAGAAAAGCUUUGAAUGAAAAGGGUUGGGAGACAUGCUCUAGCCCUCUGCCAUACGAAUAAUUAAGACACUACAUGCGCUCUCCUUAUGGAUAUUUAAUUCCUAUACCUGGUCACCAUAUUGCUGCUCUUGGAACUCAAAAUCAUUCUUCCUAAAAUGAAAUAAAUCAUGAAUAAUAAGAUAAAAAGAAAUAAUCAAGAAAGAGAAAGCAAACUGACAAUAUGACUACAGCUGAAACUUAUACUGGCGUCUAGAGUAAGAAAGGGUGCAAUGAUUAAGAAAUCAACUGUGUGCUUUAGGAAGAGGAAGAAGAAUAUGAUAAUGAAGACAUGAAUGAAGAAUAAGUUGAAAACUAAAAAGAUUAAAAUGAAAAUCAAAACGAAUAAUAAGCUAAGAACGAAAAUAAAAACAAUUUGAUUAAGAAUAAAAACUAUUCUGGUGAUAAAUAAAAUUAAAAUACACCUUAUAUUAACCAAUUGGAAUUUUGCGAAACAAAUUGCGGCCAACGCAUUACUGAAAUAUCAAACUCUUUUAUAAUAGAAUGUUUACCCACAUAUUUCAAGUCUGCUAUCAGUAAUGCAAAUGAGUUGCAUGUUAUCGGACCUUCAGAAGAAGGUAUGAAAAAUGCCUGUUACAUUUUGUAACUUUUUAUUAAUUGGAUGUAUGUCUUUAAAUUUUCUGAGUCUAGACUAGUGUUUUCAGAUUCUUCUUCUGCAGACGAUGAGACUGAUGAAAAGGAUUUUGGAGAAGAAUAAGAUUUGUAAGAUAAGAACAAGGGAACCUUUAGUGAAAAGAAAAGUAAAAAAACUGAUGAAAAUAUACAAUCUCAUCAAGAUAUUGAGUAAGAACUAGAUAAUAAUAAUGAUAUCAGCCAAGAUCACUUAGAGGGAAGAAAUUCAAAUAAAUUUAAAAAUAAUUUAAGCGGCAGCAAUCGCAAAAGUAAUAAAUUCAACUCUCUUUACGAUGAUUUAGAAGAUGAAUCAAAAGAAAACAGACACCAUGGCAAUCAAUAUAACAAUGAUAUUGAAAUGAUUGGAGGUCGCAAAUAGAGAAAAUUAGAUGUAGAAGAUAACUAAAAUAUGAUGCUUCAGGGUGAUAUCAACAAUUACUUUAUGCAAGGAAAUAUGAAUUUUAGUUAAUUUUAAGGUUUGUAAGAUUCUAUGAAAUUAAACAAUUUAUUUAAUGCCUAAAUGUAUCAUGGAACACCCAACUAUUUCCGCCAACAAAGCGCAGCUAAUUCAACUACUUAUAUGAAUUAUUCUAACAGAUUCCACGGAGGUGACCACUCUACCUCGUUCUACAACAGUAAUAACUCUACUACUUUCUAUCAUCAUCCUACUCCUGUAGCAUAUUAAUAUUGCAAUAAUUAUAAUGCUUCUUAUCCCAGAUCAAACAAGUAUGGUGAUCAAGAAACUCCAAAAAUCAACGGAUACACCAAUGGAAAUUUAAGUGUUAAAGCUGGUUAAAUCCCUAUGAUGUAUGGUUUCCCUAUACCUCCUCAAGCAUAUAAUGGUUACACAAUAAUAAACCCAAUAAUGUAUCCUCAAAUGUAGCCUCUCUAUUAUUAGCAACAGCUAUUCCUUUCUCCUCAAAGUAUCAUGGCUUAAAACUCUAUGGGAGAUCUCUAUAUGGGAACUAACGCUGGUCAAAAUGAGUUAAAUUGA